AUGGCCGCUUCAGCGUUGCUCAAGAGCCGGUGCCGACGGCCCAGCUACCUCAACAAGCUGGCCAAGGCAGAGGACCUCAUCGACCUCUUCCCUAACGGCUCAUACAUCGGCUGGUCGGGUUUCACGGGUGUAGGAUAUCCCAAGAAAGUCCCAACUGCCCUGGCCGACCAUGUUGAGCGGAACGGGCUGCAAGGGAAGCUCAAGUACAAUCUGUUCGUGGGAGCGUCGUCGGGGGCCGAAACAGAGAACCGAUGGGCUCGGCUGAACAUGAUCGAGCGCCGGGCGCCGCAUCAGGUCGGCAAGGAGAUUGCCAAGGGCAUCAACAACGGCAACAUCAAGUUUUUCGACAAACAUCUCAGCAUGUUCCCCGUCGACCUGAUGUACGGCUGGUACACCAAGAACAAGGCCAACAACCGCCUCGACGUGGCCAUCGUCGAAGCCUCCGCCAUCACCGAGGACGGCGGCAUCAUCCCUGGUGCUAGUGUGGGAGCAUCGCCGGAAAUCAUCCAGAUGGCUGACAAGAUCAUUAUCGAGCUUAACACCGCCACUCCCAGCUUCGAAGGUCUACACGAUAUCACCAUGACGGAACUACCACCUCGACGAAAACCCUACUUGAUCAUGGCACCCGAAGACCGCAUUGGAACGCCGCAUAUCCCCGUCGACCCGGAGCGUGUUGUGGCCCUGGUCGAGUCCGACUAUCCUGACCAGACGACCGAGAAUGCUCCCGAGGACGCGACCUCGCAAGCCAUUGCUGAGAACCUGAUCGAGUUCCUGCAACACGAGGUCAAACACAACCGUCUGCCCAAGAACCUUCUGCCCAUCCAAUCCGGCAUCGGAAACAUUGCUAAUGCUGUGAUCGGUGGUCUGGCUAAAGGCGGAGCCGACUUCAAGAACCUGAAGGUGUGGACCGAAGUGCUGCAAGACUCCUUCUUGGACCUGUUCGACAGCGGCAACUUGGACUUUGCCACGGCCACGUCCAUCAGGUUCUCGCCCGGUGGGUUCCAGCGGUUUUACGACGGCUGGGAGAACUACCACUCCAAGCUGCUGCUGCGAUCUCAACAAGUGUCGAACUCGCCCGAAAUCAUCCGCCGUCUCGGUGUGAUUGGUAUGAACACGCCAGUUGAAGUCGACAUAUACGCCCACGCCAACAGCACCUGUGUCAUGGGCUCACGCAUGCUAAACGGCUUGGGAGGAUCGGCGGAUUUCCUCCGUUCUGCCAAAUACUCGAUUAUGCACACCCCCAGCACGCGGCCGACCAAGACCGACCCGACGGGUGUGAGCUGCAUUGUGCCCAUGUGUACCCACAUCGACCAGACCGAGCACGAUCUGGACGUGGUGGUGACUGAGAAUGGUCUGGCUGAUGUUCGAGGCAUGUGCCCCCGCGAGAGGGCUCGAGAAAUCAUCAAAAAGUGCGCCCAUCCGGAGUACAGACCCAUCCUCCAGGAGUACUUCGACAUCGCCGAGUACGAGUGCUUGAAGAAGGGCAUGGGCCACGAGCCUCAUCUGUUGUUCCAGGCCUUCGACAUGCACAAGAACCUGGCCGAGAAUGGCACCAUGAAGAUCAAGGGCUGGAGCAAAGAUCAAAAGCUGUGGUAG